GACAGGGAAGGCUGGCAGCCCAGUGACAAACGGUCUGAGAAAACAUUGAAAAUCAAAAAAUCGCAGUUAGCCCAGGCGAAAACGCGAAAAUCGUGAAAAUCCACCGCCCCGCGCCGCGCCCGCACAGUGGCAGAAUUGCGAAAUUAAACAACGAAAAAGCGCAAGUCCCUGCAGAUAACUAGGGGGAAAGGACAGGGAGGAAGGUCCAGGCAAAGUCGGACCACGGACUGCUCGGAAAUCGAAGCGUAUAUACAUCGAAGAGCGCAUAAGAGGGCUGCAUAUAGCCCGAUCCCGGGACUCGAUUUGCCCUUCAUCCUCGGCGGCUCGUCCUCUGCUGUCGUCGCAUUAUUAUUAUAAUCCUCUCCAGGAUGCUGUCCCUGUCCUCGCCGCCGUGGCUGCUGCUGCUCGUCCUGCUCUUCCUUGCAAGUGGCUCGGCAACAGUGGUCUCCCUGGCGGAGAACGCGACACUGGCGACGUUACCCUCCUCCUCGCCGAUCUCCGUGAGCUUCAGCACCAGCUCCUCGCUGGCGGCGCCCGUGUCCCACGAGCUGGAGAACCAGACAGCCAGCAGCGGCGGCAGCCCCAACUCAAACAACGAAGCCAGCGAUGAGCAGACUGGCAGUGCCAGCAGCAACACCAGCAGUCACAGCAGCAACAUCAGCUUGCCCAGCAGCAACAUCAACGCCGGCAGCAGCAGCAGCGGCAGCAACAGCAACUUGAACAGCAGCAACACUAGCAACUCCAGCAGCAGCGCCAGCUCAGUGGCCACCUUGAGCCCAACGACAGCGGCCAAUGCUGGCGGGGACCAGCAGGAGGCUCUGGUCCUGGCCACGCCCACGGCCCUGAACGGCAGCAGCACGCCCCCGGAGCACCAGACCAUUGGCCAGGCCCCGCCCACCAAGGGGGAGCAGGAGGCGAUCCUGCGUGCCCUCGACUGGCUGAAGGAGAAGCGGGCCUCCGACUACGGCUGGGGCAACGACACCCAUGUGGUCAUUCUGGCCAAGGAGCUGUCGGGCGGGCGAGACCCCAACGACAGCGUGGACGGCCACGUCCAGGUCAUCCAGGAGCUGGAGGACACGCUGUCCGUCAAGGAAAUGGAGAUCGAGAUACUGGCCAUGCUGGACCGCCAUCACACGCUGCCCAAGCCCCUGGACCUGGACAAGCUGGCCAGAUAUGUGCUCGCGCUGGGCUCCCUGUGCAAGGAUCCCAAGCACUUUCAUGGCCACGACCUGGUGGCCACACUGCAGCACCACGAGCCGGCCCAGGACAUCGAAUUCGCCUUGACCACCCUCUCGGCCUGCAGCUCGGCGGCCCAUGUGCGGAAGCGCCAGAUCCGGCGACUCCUGGACAUCGCCAGCGGGGUGACGGAUCAGAGUGUGGACGCCAUUGCCAUGGUGAUCCUGGCGCUGCGGUGCAUCGUCACCGAUCACCGCCAUCGCCACUUGCAGCAUUUUGUGCGCCGCCCGGCCCGGGGACUGGCCUCUCUGCAGGAUCAGCGCGGCAGCUUCGGCUCGCUGAGGAGCACGGCGCUGGCCAUGCAGGCGCUGCAGGAUCUGGAGUACGACCCGGCUGGCCACUGGAACCGCACGGCCGCCUCGCGCUACAUCCUCAGUCGCCAGCGGGCGGACGGCGGCUGGAGCGAGGAGCCGCUGCAGGAUGGCCAGGAGCCCGACAUCGGAGUGGGCCUCACCGCGGACAUCAUCCUGGCCCUGGGCUGGAAGGGAUUGGGAGCGGUGCGCGCGCUGCAGUGCGACCAUGUGAUACGCGAAAGCAGCGAUCCCACGGAGAACGGCGAGCCCAAGCUGGCGGUGCCCUUCGGGCUGAGUUCCUCCGCCGAGGAGUCGGAUGCCAAGAACAUCUCCUACACGUACACUCUGUGGGUGGGCUCCAAUGUGACCGAGGCCUUCUCCCUGUCCCUCGUCUCGCCCAAGAACACCAGCUUCUUCAAGGCCAUGACCCAGGCGGCCGAAAUGGAUCCCAGAUUUAUUUUCGAGGCGCGGGAAUGGCCCAAUGGUCACUAUGUGCACACUCUGUAUGGCAAGAAGGAGGAGCCCCGAGGGUAUCACUACUGGCUGCUUUAUCGAUUGCCAGAGCUGCCCGAUCCCAAUAAUACGCCCGGGAAUCAGCUUAUUGCGCCUGUUGGUGUGGACGAGCUAAUGGUCGAGGAUGGGGAGCACUAUCUGUAUUGGUACAAGAAGCUCUAAGCACGCGGCCUUAGACGGAGCUGCAGUUUAACCCACUAAGCAAAGUCGAUAAACACCCGGUGCUAUUGGACUAUAUCUAUUCUAUAUAUAUGGCCAUAGUCACGUCUCACACACACACAACACACACGCAACAAGCGAACAGGCACACGCACUCGCACAGGAAUAGCUGUACGACCUCGAGCACAGGUAUUCCUGUCCAGGUGCACUGCUCCCUCUAUAUAUAUUGCAUAUAUAACUGCAUAGUAAUGGCGUAAUCAAAAAAAAAAAAAGAAAAACCUAAAAAAUAAGACACCCGGACAAGAGUACACGGGAAUCACAGAAGAGAGUGAAAGAUCGGUGAAAAGGAGGAACUGCGGAGGCCCAGAUUUCUAACGGAUAACUAGGAUACAACACCCUUAAUAGUUAAUUGCUCUAGACCUCACAACUGAUCUCGAUUCGGAGCACCUCAGGCUAAUACUUAUGCAUAACGAUAACGUAAACGAUAACUAAUAACUAUGACAGGCCGAUAAAACCGAUAAAAACCAAAGAGGAGGGAGAGCGUGAUGAAAACAAAAGUAACGACUUAAUGCACUAACAACAGGCAUCGAACGGUUAGCCGUGACUAACGGUAGCAAUCCGUCCGUUUUAGGCCCUCUCAAUGCUUCGCUUCGCAGCUAUCGAUGCUAAUCGGUUCUCGGUUAUCGGAGGCUAAUCGGGCGAAUCGAUCGUUUUGCGAUAGGCGAUAACUAUUUCGUUGCUCGUUUAAAACACCCAAAAAAAAACAGAAAAACCCAAUGCUUUAUAUGUUAUUGAAAUAAAAGAGUAGGGAAGGAGGGAUCUGAAGGAUCUGUGGGAUCUCGAGGAUCUGCAGGAUCUGAGCGAUCUGAAGGUAGACAAAACGGAGGUGGCGCAGAAAGAGGCCAUCGAGCUAGUCCAAGCGAAGCAUGUUAUACCAAACACCGUACGUAACAAUAAGUGAUUGAAAAUCAUCCUUAGACAUACACACAUACCGCAUAAAUCGAUAUAUACAUCUUGCAUAUACAUUAAAGAACUAGUUUUAUAUGAAGUUAAGUGAACGAAGGCCGUGGCAUAUUAUAUAACGCGUAUACAGGACAGCGAGGCGGAGGAGAGAACGAUACUACCCCAGGACACCACAUAUUCAAGCGCUCCACCCUAAGCCUGUCGAGACUACUCACUCCCCAUUACUACGAGCAUGUACCCGGGCCAUACUACCUAACAUACUACACACGCUAUAUCUAUCCCCUAGCCGCCUACUCGUCAUAUAGCACCCUAAGAUCUACUCAUCGUCGCCCGCACCCACCCACACUUCUUCACUUGUCACGCGGACCCUUCAAGCCGCUGAUCCUAAAGCCUAGCCUAACCGAAAACUACAACUACUAUAGCUACUACUUGAGAUCUUAAGUGCAGCAGCGAAUCCAAAACUAAACUAAACAUUACUAACCUAGCGAUCUAACUAACUCGUUUAUAUUGUAAGCAUGAAAUUGAGCUUUUUAAUUGUGCAGACCCCAAGUUAGAACACGAAACCAACUACAACUAACCACUAACCACCAACAAGCACACCAACACCGACACCUAGAACACAGAUGGAUUUGGAGAGAGCAGCGUAGGAUUUGAGGAAUGAGCUGUGUGCGUUCCAUAGCCCAGUGAGUGCCCUUCUUUGAUUUCGGGUCCCCGACAUUCGAGCCACAACGGCAGGCAGUUAUGUGCUCCACCUUUCGAUUCCACUCCAGAAAACUUGAAAAAUUUCAUUUUCGAAAAAACCGAAAAUCCUAACCUCAAAUCAUCGAAAUUGAAGAGUGCAUUGUUUUUUGCAGAAUCUGAAAUUUUACAAGUUGCAUUUUGAUCUUGCUAUUGCUGACUUCUUAGAUUCUGUUUGGUGAGUGGAGAAAGCAACAAGAACAAGCGUGAAUAAACAUAAAAAUAAUUGAAAACCA